AUGCAGUUAAAUGUGUUUUAUUUUUUCAUUGUGGGAUUCUGCGUCCAAUUUACAGACGUAGGAGGUCACGAAAAACAUGUUAAAGUGCAAAUUCCGAAACUCGUCCACAAACACAAACAUCACGUUGUGGUUCACGAAAAGGGAGGCCACGACGAAAAGAAACACAUCGUGAUUCACAAACAUGAACACAAACACCAUCACAAACACGACCACGGACACAAGCACGGUCACAAACACGAGGCGAAACAUUCGCACAAACACCAGGCGAAACAUUCGCAUAAACACGAGGCGAAACACCAACACAAACACGAGGCCAAGCACCAACACAAACAUCAAGCGAAACACUCGCACAAACACGAAGCGAAACAUCAACACAAGCAUGAGGCGAAACACAGUCACAAGCACAAGCACAGUCACAAGGCGCACGGCAAACACGAGCACCAUCACAAACACUCUGGUCAUCAUGAACACAAACACAAGCACAAGCACACCGAGAAACAUUCUAAAAAGGAUCACGGACAUGAAAAAUUGGUUGUGGACCUGUUGGACGAUCAUCAGAAUCUGGCCUACUCCCAGGAAGUGAACCCGAACGGUGAAUACGCGAUUGCCGCCCCCUACCAAACUGAAGGCGACUACGAGGAGUACCAGCAGUUGCAGGGUGAAGAACUCGUCGACGAAGAUGACCACGACAAUCUGGAAAAUUACGAUGACUUCGAUUCGCCCAGCGAAAACAUCGAGAACUACGACGAGGAUGUUGAUUUCCUUAGCGCGAAAAAACCGACACAAAACUAUGACGGCUACAACUAUAAUAGUGCUAUUAUCGGUGAAGUAUUGAAAAACACAUAUGCAGCACAAGAAUCUCCAGUGGCGUUGGCGUCGAACAAGGUGGUGAAAAAACUGUCGCCGGAUCCGUUUAACUUCGAUCUGGACGGACACGAAUUCUCCUUCGCCUCUAAGCAGUCCUCCAAGCACAGGAACAAGAAAUACGAAAGUAUGACGAGCGGAAACAUCAACAAUAAAAAGACUGAUGCUUGGUCUCCGAUAACAGGUUUGGAGAACAACCCCGCUGCCUCGGAAAGAGUCGCGAAGGUCCUCAAAUUGGCGAAUGAUGCUUCCGUCGCGGCCUCCAGUGAGAAUACCGUUACAGUUGUGCCUGAUGGCAAAGAUAUUUCUCCUUCUACAUGGGAAACUGCUGUUUUGAACAAAAAAAUGGAAGUAACUGAUACUCUCAAAGUUGCAGAAUUUCAGCCUGCCAAAUUGAAUCCUAAAACUAAAAAUUAGGUUGUUUUUGUUAUAGUCUUUGGUUUCGGUUUGAACUAGUCUUACUUUCUCGUUUAGAGCACUUUCAAAUCGGAGCUAUUGUUGAUAA